UAGGUUGAUCCGCGUCCAUGAAUUUCUUUUGUUGUCGUUAACAGGCUAGCGGUUGUAAUUCUACUUUAAUAUUACUUCUCACCGGGAACAAAAAAGUUGUAACGACUCAGAGGAUGAGUGGUGGAGUGUAUGGAGGAGAUGAGGUAGGAGCCUUGGUGUUCGACAUCGGAUCGUAUUCGGUGCGAGCGGGGUACGCAGGAGAAGAUUGUCCCAAGGCGGACUUCCCCACGGUGAUAGGUGUAACGCUGGACCGAGAAGAUGGCAGCACACCCAUGGAGACCGACAGCGACAAGGGCAAGCAGAGUGGCACCACCUACUACAUUGACACCAACCAGCUGAGGGUGCCCAGGGAGAAUAUGGAGGUUAUGUCACCUCUCAAAAAUGGCAUGAUUGAAGACUGGGACAGUUUUCAGGCCAUUUUAGAUCACACCUACAAGAUGCACUUCAAGUCCGAGCCCAGCCUUCACCCAGUGCUCAUGUCAGAGGCAUCGUGGAACACGCGAGCCAAGCGCGAGAAGCUGACGGAGCUUAUGUUUGAGCAUUACAACAUUCCCGCCUUCUUCCUCUGCAAAACAGCCGUGUUGUCCUCCUUUGCCAACGGUCGGUCCACAGGCUUGGUCUUGGACAGUGGCGCCACACACACCACAGCCAUUCCAGUGCAUGACGGUUACGUCCUGCAACAAGGCAUUGUCAAGUCCCCCCUGGCCGGGGACUUCAUGAGCAUGCAGUGUCGAGAGCUGUUCCAGGAGUUGAACGUUGAAAUCGUCCCUCCUUAUAUGAUUGCAUCAAAGGUGAGACCUGCUAAAGACGCCGUGCGUGAAGGAGCUCCAGCGAGCUGGAAGAAGAAGGAGAAACUACCUCAAGUCACACGCUCCUGGCACAACUACAUGUGUAAUACUGUGAUCCAAGACUUCCAGGCCUCGGUACUGCAAGUGUCCGAUUCGCCAUAUGAUGAGCAGGUAGCUGCCCAGAUGCCCACGGUGCAUUACGAGCUGCCCAACGGCUACAACUGUGACUUUGGGGCAGAGAGACUGAAGAUUCCUGAAGGGCUGUUUGACCCGUCCAACGCCAAGGGUCUGUCUGGUAACACCAUGUUAGGAGUCGGCCAUGUUGUGACCACCAGCGUGGGAAUGUGUGACAUCGACAUCCGGCCGGGUCUGUAUGGCAGUGUGGUUGUGACAGGAGGGAACACACUCAUCCAGGGAUUCACCGACCGACUCAACAGGGAACUCUCACAGAAGACCCCGCCCAGCAUGAGGCUGAAGCUGAUCACCAACAACACGACAGUGGAGCGCCGCUUCAGCGCCUGGAUAGGAGGAUCCAUCCUGGCAUCACUAGGAACUUUCCAGCAGAUGUGGAUCUCCAAACAGGAGUACGAGGAAGGAGGGAAGCAGUGUGUGGACAGGAAGUGCCCGUGAUUUGACCGCCAGAUGGCCCCCCCAUCACACCCCAAAACCCGUCUUCACCAUAUCCCCCAACGUCAACUUUAGUUCACCUCUCGGAAAAAAAACCUGGACUCAGGAACAUCCACGCAAGAUUGCUGUUGAGUUUGUUUUUGUUUUCUUUUGUUUUGUUUUUUUACUGAACUGUUGAGCUUGUUUGUCUUUUUUGAUUUUAGGGUGACAGCUCAAACCAGAUGACUAACACGAAGUGUGUUGUUGUGGAGAAUUGGGGUUAAGUUCCCUCAUGUCGCCACAGUCAGUUCACUGCCUUAAUAACCUUAUAUGUUUAGUGUUGUGUCAAAACCUUGUGCGCUCUAAUAGGUUGUUCAUGAAUUCAUGGAAAAUAAUGCCCGUGUUGAUUUGAAACUUGACCCAGCUUCACUUCAUUUACAUGUGGCUGACAACUGGGUUUGAUUAUCAUUUAAAAAGAAAAAAAAAAGAGAUAUACGGCAAAACUGACCACACAGUGUCUGAAGGACCCUGGUGAGAUUCUGCAAGUGUUUUGUGGAUUUACUUUGUACACGGGGGGGGGGGGGGGGUUAUUCGUCUUUAAGUCUCUUACAAUGCAGAAUAAGCUCAUCUUUGGCAGACAGUCGUCUUUCCAUGUUCAUGAGGAUGAGAACGCCACUUCAGAUAGUAUAUUUAAUUUUCACUUCUCAGUGGCAACAUGCUGUGUUUUGAAAAUAAAGACCUUUUUC